CUAUAAAGCACUGGAAGGAGAAUGAGGAACGGGAGCUAAGCCCUCCCCUGGAGCAGCUCAUCGACCGGAUGGCCAACACKGUGGAGGCCGAUGGCAGCAAGGACGAGGGCUACGAGGCUGCAGACGAGGGCCUGGAGGAGGAGGAAGAUGAGAAGAGGGCCGUCUCUGCCGUGCGGUCCUACCGAGACGUCAUGAAGCUGUGUGCUGCUCAUCUCCCAGCCGAGUCAGAGGCACCAAAUCAUUAUCAGGCAGUGUGUCGYGCACUGUUCGCAGAAACCAUGGAGCUCCACACGUUCCUGACUAAAAUCAAGAGUGCAAAGGAGAAUCUUAAGAAGAUUCAAGAAAUGGAGAAGAGUGAYGACUCCAGCACAGACCUAGAUGAGCUGAAAAACGCUGACUGGGCCCGAUUCUGGGUCCAGGUGAUGAGGGAUUUGCGAAAUGGGGUAAAACUUAAGAAGGUCCAGGAGCGGCAGUACAACCCACUGCCCAUCGAGUACCAGCUGACUCCCUAUGAGAUGCUGAUGGAUGACAUCCGGUGCAGAAGGUACACCCUGCGGAAAGUGAUGGUAAAUGGCGACAUUCCUCCUCGGUUAAAGAAGAGCGCUCAUGAGAUCAUCCUGGACUUCAUCAKGUCAAGACCUCCUUUAAACCCCGCUUCAGCCAGAAAACUGAAACCAACCCCACCACGGCCUCGGAGCCUGCAUGAAAGAAUAUUAGAAGAAAUUAAAGGAGAAAGAAAGCUGCGGCCUGUGUCCCCAGAGGAGAUUAGACGGAGCCGAUUGGAUGUGACUACCCCAGAAUCUCCAAAGAAUGWUGGGGAGCCAUCUAUGCUGAAUGGAGGCCUGACAUCGCAGACAGAGAUUGGGGGGACCCCUGCUGCCCAGCAAGCACCUGCACAGCGCAAGAAGCUCCUCAAGGCCCCCACGCUGGCUGAGCUGGACAGCUCUGACUCCGAGGAGGAGACUCUGCCCAGGUCGUCCAGCGACAGCAGCGCGUCUCCCUCCUUCCUCGAGAACCCAGCGCUGGAGGCCACGUGCGUGAGGAAGAAGCCCCCAGAGUUCCUGCCCAUAUCGUCCACCCCACAGCCCGAGCGGCGGCAGCCGCCCCAGCGCCGGCACUCCAUUGAGAAGGAGACGCCCACCAAUGUGAGGCAGUUCCUGCCCCUGACCCGGCAGAGCUCCCGCUCCCUGGUUCCUGGGAUGAGCAGCGCGUGGCCCCGGACGCCUUUCCGGCCGCUUUUCUCUACCCUACACACAGCUUCUCUUCUCAGCUCCCAUCCUCUUGAAGCGGCUGUGUUUGGGGUGGCAGGGGCUGUGUACUAUCUGUGUGAGAGAGCUUUUACCAGCAGGUGGACCUCCUCCAAGGUUGGCCUCUCUCUGCCGGAGGUGAUGCACAUCCGCCAGGUGCUGGUGAAGGCAGAGCUGGAGAAGUACCAGCAGUACAAGGACAUCUACACCGCCCUGAAGAAAGGAAAGCUCUGCUUCUGUUGCCGAACCCGGAGGUUUUCCUUCUUCACCUGGUCUUACACCUGCCAGUUCUGUAAGAGGCCCGUGUGCUCACAGUGCUGCAAAAAGAUGCGGCUGCCCUCCAAGCCAUACUCCACUCUACCCAUCUUUUCUCUGGGACCUUCCACCUUACAAAGAGGGGACAGUACUACCAGGUCAGAAAAGCCCCCAGCAAGCCACCAGUGGCCACUGCGCAGCAUCGCCAGUGAGAAGUUCCUCUCUGGAAGGACCUGAUUAGGCCACUCCCCAGCCCAUGUUCUGGCAACAAAAGUUGCUUUUUACCAAAGUCUUCAGUACUACAGUGGAAAAAAUAAGAAAGAAUAUUGAGUGGUUCUGGUUUUUCCCAGGUUCUCCUCAAAGUCU